AUGCAAAUCUGGCAAAUGGAACCAUAUCCAUGUGGCGAUAAACGUCUUCCACAUCACGUUUUUCCACCAAAAAAAUUGACCACAACACAAUUGACACAAUUGGCUGGAGUUGUAUAUUAUAAGGUAACUUAAUUUUUUUUUUCGAAAAACUAGUUAAUUCUAGCUGUAUUUUAAUUUCAAUAAAACAUUGAAUAUACUUAAUUUUCAGGUUGAUUUGGAAGACACGGCAGCUAUGAAGAAGCGAUUAUCAGCUGUGAAAUCUGAAAGAAAUGUCAAUUUUUCGGAUGUUUUCACAGUCACCGACACAAUGGUCGAUUUCGAAGAUAAAAUGGAACAAUUCUACGAGCCACAAGAACACACUGAAGAUGUUAUUUCAUUGGUUGUUGAAGGAACAUGUUAUUAUGAUGUUGAACCAGUUGAUGAUCAAUGGAUUCGAGUUCAAUUGGAAAAAGGAGAUAUGAUUGUUAUUCCAAAAGGUCUUUCGCAUCGUUUCACAACAACUCCAUUGAACUUUGUCAAAAUGCAACGUUUCUUCUCGCGAAAAAAUGAGGUUCAAGGAUAA